AUACCGGCGACGUGUUUAAACAUUAAGUUCUUGUCAUGAGAAAAUGGUCAAAUGAGAGAGUGUUUCUGUCUGAAGUAUGUUCAUCCAUCAAACUUCUUGUUUGGACACCCUACGAUGAGAGUAUAAUAAACGUCUUUGUCUUGCUUAAGAGAUAUUCAAUUGAAAUCGAUCGAACAGAGAUGAUUAACGUCUGAUUUCUUUCUAAUGAUAGUUUACUCGAUACUAACCUUGAACUAAUUCGAAAAUAACUCAGAUCGAUACAUGGAGAUAAACAGAUGAAAGUACAAAAUACUCAUCGAGACGAAAGGAAAGCAAAACGAACAGAUACGCUUUAUCUCUUGAAUGAGCAAAUAUUUUGAUAAGUUUCUUUUGUGUCUCAUUGAUCAUUCUUGUCGACAUUCCAAGACAGAACUAAUCGGUUACAUAUUAUAUCGAUAAUUAUACCGUGCUCUUUUCAUAGUACAGAAGAUUGUCCGGUUCGUCAACCUUUUUCUUUUUCAUACAGAUCAAGCAAACUUCGAUCGGUCACACGAAACGAUUUCAGUUGUCGUUGGCAAACGAGCACUAUUACCAUGUUACGUAUCGAUACAAGAUGCAAAGAACAAUAAUGGCAAUAGUCCAUUUAAAGUGAUCUGGAUGAAAUUGAACAAUAGUUCAAUUCUGACCAUGGAAGAUCGAGCGAUUAAUGGUGACCCACGUAUCUCAUUGUUGCAUGCUUAUGCCGAUGAAUGGAAUUUACAGAUUGAUGAUAUCGAUGAAGACGAUGCUGGAAUUUAUCGAUGCGUUAUCAAUACAGGAAUGUACAAAACG